GACAGUGUGGCCGCUUUCAGAUUUCUCUCUGACUCAAUCGUUGUAUUGACUGAACGCACCUGUCACAUCCAAGAGGUGAUUGGUUACGCGUCAUUUCUUGGCAAAACGUGUAACUCACAAUCAGCUACAAAUAGAACAGACUUAUUGAUGUUAUCGUGGUGAUUUAUCAUUGUCCAUCAUCAUCCCAGCUGUAGCUAUAGCAGGCCAGCCUGUCUACACCUGGCUAUAGCAGAUAUACGGUCGCCGUGUUAUGGUUAAGUUAUAUUUGUAAACUGUAAACUUAUUACCUCCAUUUGAUGGUAGAAGCCGUUAUUCGCAGAACGAUCGGAUCGUCUGUGAAAUUAGUGAUACCUAUCGAUUUUUCCUAGCGAUAUUUAAGCGUCUAACGCAUUUGUAUCGUGUUUACACAAUGGACGAGUACGACGAACCUUCAGACGUCGAGAUGGUGCCUUUCAAUAAAAUAGAGAGAUCCGAAGCAAUAUUAAAGCCAGAAUUACAGAUACAGACAUUAGAGAGUAAUUCUGAAAAAUCAAUAGACAUGUCAGGCAUAGAUAUAUUUAGCAAAGAGGAAAGAUUGAAGUUAGAGGAACGAGCAAAACGUUUUGGCUUGACGGAAAAAUGCAAGGAAUUAUCACUAGAAGAUGAUCUGUAUAGCAGCAUGGGUAUUGCGGACGAUGAGAACGUAAAGAACGUUAGAUUGAAUGUAAUUCACAUGAGAGGAACUGAAGAUAUGAGCACCAAAGAUGUAUUUAAAUAUUUCCAAGAUUAUGAUCCAAUGUCAAUUGAAUGGAUCAACGAUGUAUCAUGCAAUGUAGUCUGGUUUGAUAAAGACACAGCAGCUAAAGCUAUGAUGGGAUUAUCUAGGAGAAUUUUAGGCAGUAUCGUAAAAUAUUCGGAUCGAGAGAACAACGAUUCUGAGAAUACGAAAGAUGACACAGUGAAAGCAGAUGAAGAAAACGAAUCUAUCAGUGCAGACAAGAAUGGAAAGGAAGACAAUUGCAUUAGCAUUAAAGAUAUCGAUUAUCCAUUACCUCCUGGUACAUGGAGAAAAGGUAUCGAUUAUCCAAAAUGUAAAGGAAUCUACUUGAGAUUCGCUACUAAGGCGGACAAAAAACAGGUCAACGCAGAGAAAAGAAGUGAAUACUAUAAAAAGUAUGGAAAUCCCAACUUUGGAGGUCUCAAAGGAAUUUUAACGGAAUCUCGUAAGCGUAUGUACAAGCAAAUAAAACAAAAUAAACGUAAAUCAUUGGACGAGGAUCAAAAUCAGGAUCAAACAAAAAAUCCAUGGGGUGCGUUGUCCGAGACGUGGGGUUUGAACGAUGUUGUAGAGGAUGAUUUUCUCCCAUCAAGAAAUGGUGUUAAAGACCAAGGACGUAGCAUAAAGGAAAGAUUGGGUCUCAAAUACCCGGAAAAGGAUAUGGUGAAAGCUGAAGAAUCGGGUGAGGCUAGUUCGAGCGAUAGUGAUAGUGAUGAGAGUUGGUGUAAACGGAGUAAAAUUCCUCGCAUGCGAAUGCACGCCGAUGAUGAGGAGGAAAAAGUACAGAAGCGUCGGGCGAAACUUCGAGUCCAAAUGAUUCUGAAUAACUUAAAUAACAGCGGUGACUUACGAUCAAAGCUAGGAAAACCGAAAGCGAAAGUACAAUAUCGCGAGCCCAUUCAAGUAGUGGUCACAAAUACGAUCGCAAUAAAUUCGAAACGCGAUAAUUCUGGGAUAAUUCGGCAGCAGGGCCAUCAGAAUGUGAAAGAAAUACACUCGAUGGAAAGAGAAGAAGGAGAAUGGCAGGAAUCGGAAGAGGAUGGACAUGAAGAAGACAAGGAGGAACAGAGGCUAGGCCAGAUAAACACAGAGGAAGAGCGAGAAGAAGGAGAGGAGCAAGAAGAUGAAGAAGGUGAACACAAUGAAGAUGAAGAGGACAGCAGCGAAGAAGACGUGCUUGCAAAGGAGAUUCAGGGCCCUAAAGGCAGUGUGAUAAAAGUAGUCCCGCCCAAACCGCGUAUUGCGUCCACUGUGUGGGCAAGACUAAAUCAUGCAAAAAGCGAAGCUAGUGACAGCUAUUUAAAAAGCAGGUCAUCAAACAGUCGCGAUUUGAGGAGUACUCUAAAAGGCGGUGACCUGCGAUCACGUAUCGGAAAUCACACCAGAGGACGUUCUCCAUUGAGAAUAGAAGUAAAAAACGACAAAUACACAAAAGACAAUAGUGGCGGAGAUUGAUUCCUAUACGAACAAUCUAAUUGUUUAAAAGCUCGAAAAUUGUAAAAAGCGCAGAUGUAUUGUUUUAAGAUUUUUUCGUAACAUUUUAUAUCGGCUACGGUGGAAUAUAGUUUUAAAUUAGCAUGUGGGUAUAUAUGUAUUCAAGUUUACAUAAUUUACUGGCUUAAUGUGAAGUUUUUCUUUUUUCAUCAUUGAAAAGAUUGCAAUUUUUUUUACACAUGCAUA